UUUAUUUUUUUUUUUCUUUUUCAGGGAGUUUAUCUAUUGGAUAAUUAAACAAGCCGUGAGAAUUUAGUCAUAAAUUUCAAAAGAACACAAGAAAGACAACCUAGUAAUUUUCCCUCUCAAACAAACGUUCGUAUCGCAUAUAAACCUCAGACGGAGACGAGCCCCAGCGACACAACGACGGCUCUGUUUCCACCAUCGCUGAAGCGAGGAUUUCUCAGGGUGUUGUCGCGCGCGAUACAAUCUGUUCCGAAAACCAUAGAGAUCGUUGUGGUUUCUUGAUAGUUUCUUGCGUGCCAAGCACUCUGUUCCUAGUCGUGGCCACGAUGGGGGAAUCGCUGGAUGAUUGGAGGGAUUUCUUUGGAACGGUGGACAUUUUUGAGUUCAUCGAGACCGCGAUCACGAUAGCCGUGCUGGAUCGCCCGAGAGAUUUUCGGCUACAGAGAGACCGUAUCGCCGAGCGGCUGUUCUCGACCACGUCGACUCAGAGUCGGCAGUGCCCAGGGUGCGAUGACCUGCCUGAGUCGCGCGAUGGUGGAGAUGAUUGUGUACGCGCCAAUAAAGAAAGCAAAACGAUCAGGGACAACAGUAAGGAUGACGUUGAGCGUGAUGGGGUGGACAUGAACCCGGAAAGCUAUCUCGAUUAUGGAGGCGCAGAGGCAUUUAGUGAUGAGAUUGAUGAACAGUCUCAAAUUGUUGGUGAAGUUCUAAGGAUCAAGCGGGUUUUGGACAACAGUCAACACGAGUCUGAUUCCGCGCUUUAUGAAUCACUGAGAAAACUCCAGUUGAUGACUAUCUCUAUGGAUGUAUUGGAGAAAACAAAGAUUGGGAUAACUGUCAACAGUCUCCGGAGGAAAGGUGGAUCGACGCAGAUUGCUCAACUUGCACACAACAUCACUAUGAGAUGGAAGGCCAUGGUCGAAGAGAUAUGCCGCAGCACAAAGGAUGUUGCUGAUUCUUAUGUGGAUCUUCGCAAAGUCGGAAAAAUAGAUUGUGCCAGUGGAUUAUCAUCGUCAGUGAAGAACCAGAACGCCCCAAAAUGGCAACAAGAGAAACACGCCAACAAGGCCAGUUCAAUUGCUAAGAGGAACCAGAGACCAAAUAUGAACCAACAACAGGCCACUGUGAAGCCCAAUACAUCGUCUAGUAUCAACUCAAAGACAAUCCCACCAGGCAAGAUUGCAACACAGAAGUUUGAGAAGGAAAGAAUGCUUCAAAACUCAAACGGAAUCAUGGGCAGCAAGAGACUCUUCACCGGUCGACGGGAUAAGAUCAACAGCUCGGAUGAAGUUGCAGUGGAAAAGAAAUUUGGAGCCUCUAAGAGGAUAUUACAAGAGCACUAUCAACAAGCAGAAUCAGCCAAGAGGCAGCGGACAGUGCUGGCUUUACCUGCUCUCCCAAAGCAACCGGCAAGUCAUAAGGGUCCGGGUCCACGCGCUCAAAUCGAAAUAACUCUUAGCCAGAUGGCGAAGUCACGUAGACGGAUUUCAUUGUUUUGAAGAC